UCAUGGUGUCAUGCUUAUUAUUCUAUGAUUCACUUAGCCGGGUUUUCAAAAUUUAGUAAAUAAAUAAUUGAAAACUAAAUUCUUGAGUUAAGGACACCAACAAUAUCCUUACUCGAUUUUCUUAAAUAAUUGGAAUUAUAAAUAAAACCAAUUAAAUCAUAAAUACUUUUAUUGCAAAAUGUAAUGCAAUUUCAUGUCAUGCUUAGCAUAUAAUAAGUAAUAACUUAAAAUACGCACAUAAUAAUAAUAUGAUAUUAUUAUGCAAAUUAAAAUAAUUAAUCAAACUUAAUAAGUCUAAUUAAUAAAUAUUGGGUAGCCCAUUUAAAAUAAUUAAAUCAAAGACACCCUCCCAUUUUUUAUAAAAUUUCGUAGCCCAAAAUACAAGGGCAGCCCAAGUUUAUUAUAAAUAAAUCGGCCCAACUCUUUUGAAUUAAAAGGUCCAACUGAAAUAAAGCCAAUGCCCAAACUGAAAAAAAUAAACAAAAACUCGGCCCAAUUAAAGAGCCCAACUGAAAUUAAAAGAAAAGGCCCAAUUUUAAGCCCAACCCCAAACCCUUUUUCUUCCUUUCCUCCUCACUCAGAAACGCACACACACGCUCUCACACAGACCACGCUCAAGUGGAGGCGCCCUCUCUCCCUCGGAAAUUCCGCCACCGCGAACGCUCCUCCUCCGGCGAGAAACCGACGACCGGUCCUCUCCCUCUACCUACACAAACACACGCACCCAGCGGCUGCGCCGCCCAGCCCUCUCUCCUUCACGCAGCAGGCGCAACCGCCGCGGAGCGCCGCUGUCUCCGGCGUCCUCGCAGCAGAUCCGCCGUCGCCUCCCUCGGUUUCUCUCUCGGCGACAACAGCCCAUGGCUGCCGCCGUCCUGAUCCCGACAAGACUCAUCCCAGCCAGACCAGACCACCUCUCUCUCUCUCCGGCCGUGGCCGGGCAGCAGCGGCACCGCCGCCGUGCCCUGCCUCCCUCCGCUGAAGCCCAACCUCCCAUCUCUUUCUUCUCUUCUUCCCCUAGCUGCGCCCCCAACAUCUCUCUAUUUCCCUCUCAACAAUCAAACACACGCGCACGGACAUGGCGUAAGCCACGCCGCCACCGGAUACAGGACAGCAAACGCCCCACCGCGGUGCGCCGCCGCCUGCUCCUUCUUUUCCGACAAACAGCCGAAGCUACCUCCGUCUCCGCCCCGCCCGAAAUCGAUCGGAAACGACGACAGGUUCACCGCCGCCGCUCCGUUGCCGGCGACGAGCCACCGAGGCUGUCAUUUCCCGACCUCGACUCACACACAAAACAGGGGUGUCAAACAUCAAAUCAGUUCAAACAUAGGGUUUUCAUGUGCAAAAUCACUUUACAACUGUAAUACUCAAUAUAAAGUCUUUUAUUCAUCUGUAAUUUCAUUUCACAUAUAACAUAUCUUGUAAACAUAUAGUGAAACGUCAAGUAACUGUGUGUGUUGGGAUUCUGUGUUGGUGAUUUGGAGAAUUAAACAAAAGGGGAUAAUACCUUGAGUAGA